UACCUUUGGGUGCAGAUGAUGAAUCUUUCUUCGCACUUCAGUCAGAACUGGAAGUAUUGGAGAAGCAGAUCCACGAUCUACUCGAGAGGCAAACACGUCUGCGAGAACGUAAAACGGCGAUGGAAACAUCCCGGGCUGACGCUCGCAAAGCUGCGAGCCCAGGCUUCAAGAUCACGACGAGCCGAAAUUAACUUCACUCCUGCACCUGCACACACACGGCGGAAGGCGAAAUCCAGGACCGGAGCGAUGACCUCUCCCCCACCGCCGCGACCGGUCUUCGAGAUUUCUACGAGAAAUCGCUUUGCCGCCCUCUGCGAGACGAAAUCCAACGCUGUGGUCAUCGGAGACUCAAUCGUCCGGAACGUACGCGCCUCCUUCAAUGAAGGUAAGGUGCGCACUCACUGUUUUCCUGGCGCCCGUGUUCUCGAUGUGUCUGCGCAGGUAACUGCGAUUCUGAAGGAGGAUGCAAGAGUAGGAGCCGUAGUUCUGCACGCGGGGGUGAAUGAUGUGAGAAUGCGGCAGUCGGAGAUCCUGAAGAGGGACUUCAGGAGUCUGGUCGAUACUGUUCGCAACGCAUCGCCCACGGCGAGGAUCAUCGUAUCAGGGCCGCUUCCAACUUACCGACGAGGGAACGAAAAGUUCAGUAGACUAUUUAUGCUUAAUAAUUGGUUAAUGUCAUGGUGUAUUGAACAGAAGCUGCUCUUUGUAAAUAAUUUUGAUCUGUUCUGGGAGCGACCUAGGCUUUUCCGCCCCGACGGGCUGCACCCCAGCAGCAUUGGAGCGGAAAUUCUGUCUGACAACAUCUCAAAGACGCUACGCACCAUUUGACUAGUAAGUACAAAUUUUAACUACAGUCUGUGUUCUUCUCACCCAACUGUUAAGAAUGUUACUGCUUUCAAAUGCAUAGAGACUGUGUCUGUCCCCCGAAUAAUACAACCAAAUAAUAAUUUAUUUAAAAGUCAGAGAAAAAAUCUUAUCAUGAUUAAACCAAAAGACAAUAUAUUUAAUGAGCAAAACCAACGCCUAAAGUUUGGGCUACUUAAUAUUAGAUCACUAAAUCCAAAAGCAGUUAUUGUAAAUGAAAUGAUCACAGAC